UCAUGUCGCCCUCACUUUACCUCUCUGCUUUCUGCGUUCUGGUCCUGAUUGGUUCAGGAUGGUGCAAUGCUGACGGAAAGCCCUUCUUGACGCGGGCGGGAAUGAGUUUCAAUACGAGGCCGUACUCCUCCCUGCUCUCCGUGCCCAAUGGAGAGCAGUUUGGGAACUGGACAUGGCCAGAGAUGUGUCCAGAGGAGUUUUAUGCUGUAGGGUUCAGUCUGAGGGUGGAGAGUAACCAGUAUGGACUGGACGACACGGCUCUUAACGGGAUCCGCCUGUACUGCGCCAAAGGCGAAGACAGAAGCUUCGUGUACACCAUUGAGUCUCACUCUGGAUAUUAUGGAGAAUGGACAAACCCGCAGUGGUGUCCGUCUGGCGUGCUAACCUCCUUCCAGCUGCGUGUGGAGCCACAUCAGGGUCUGUUCGGUGACGACACGAGCGCCAACAACAUCAGAUUCCGCUGCAGCAGCAAUCCCACGCUGGAGGGCCUGGGCAUGAACUGGGGGGAUUACGGCCACUGGAGCGCGGAGUGCGCCAACGGAGGCAUCUGUGGCAUCGAAACCAAGAUGGAGCCUUACCAGUACGGCCUGGACGACUCAACCCUUAACGACGUCCGCUUCCACUGCUGCUCCUACCAGCCGCAGUGA